CCGUGAGUCACGACGUUCUAAAGCGACAAGUAGAAAAAAAAGCGAAAGCGAUGGUGGAAAAACAGAAAAGAAAACACAGUUAUAAAAACGCAGCUGACUCGAGCAUCGACACUGAAUCCAAACCUCUUUCUUGUUUCUUCACUCGCGAAAUCGCUUUUCACCUCUUCUCUUUUUAGCAAAUCUCCGCUCAGCAAUCGCAGAUUAGCAAUGUCAUCGGAAGCCCGACCGAAAAUCGGCGUCGCCGCACUCGUCUACGGGCCCGACAAGCGACUAAUCAUCGGGCGCCGGAAGAGUCCCAUUGGCAGAGGCCAGUGGGGUUUUCCCGGAGGGCACCUAGAGUACGGCGAGUCGGUCGUGACCUGCGCGGAGCGCGAGACCCUGGAGGAGACGGGGCUGAGGAUCCGCGGGGUCAAGAUCGCCGCCGUGGCCGAGAGCGUCUUUCACGACCUGCACAUGCACUACAUUACGCUGUUUGUGCACUGCGAGAUGCAGGAUCCCGACGCGCAGCCAGAGACGUUGGAGCCUGAAAAGUGCGAGGGAUGGGAGUGGAAAUCAUGGGACCAAAUCAAGACCAUGGCGAAUCAAGGGGGCGAGACGGACGAGCUGUUUGCUCCCAUCAUCAACCUGCUCCGCACCCAGCCUGACUUUGGGAACGAAAUAUGAAAAAUCAGAAGAGCCAGGGGGCGUAUGUGACGAUUAAUCCUACAAGCUGACGUUUCGGCCAUUUUUCUGGCAUUUGUUGGAUCCUUGUUGUACGAAAGCAAACACGAGACAAAUAAUGAGUACGAUGCAGUUGUUUUGGGCCAACACAAGGGCUGGCCGCGGGUGCGCAACACAGCGUGCUGUACCCCGCACCAACUCGCUGGAGAAGCGCAGCUUGACCGGGAGGCGUGGUGCGGGGUUUGGCUGUGAUAUCUUACAGAACUGCCGCAGUGGGCCCUGUACUCCAACAAUCCACGGAUGACAUGUUAAUAAGGAUGCGUGCUUCCAUUGCAGUUUGGGCGUUCUUGUCAAGCAGCCAGUUUCAACCGUUAGCAAUCGUUCUCACCAUGCACAGUCUGCGUCCGCGCCUCGCACUUUUUAUCCCUGAAAUAUGGAUGAAUUUGGGACAAAUAGCUACGUGGAGAUAGCCAAGCAGGUGGGUAGGCAAUCCUGUUUGAAUUUUUACUGGCAAAAGUGACCGCUAAGCUAGAAAGGUUGGCUGCUUGCUAAGCUUCCCUUGCAGUUUUCAAGGGCAGCGAAGUUGAGCCCCCGUAUGUUUAUCUGGCUACCUUCUGUUGACUCCUUUUUAUUAGGCGGCUUAAUCAAUGCCCUCAGCCCUCUUAUCAUAAUAUCGAUCAAAAGAUCUAGACGGCUUUGCGGCAUCUCGUUCGGUCAAUUGACGCGUUCGAGAGGUUAAAACCACGUGCCUAUCUACGAGAACCUGAAAAAAAAACAGAUUCAGUUCUUUUUCCUCCAUAGCCGGCUGGCCAGGCCUUUUUUUGCCGUCGUCACGGGCAAGAGUGUGCAAUAAUAUAACGUUGGGCUCCA